AAGCAACUUGUUGAAAUGUGCUGAGGGCCAAUUAGUAGCCCGAAUGUGUGCGCAUGUAGAGGAAACGCGCAGGGUGAUCAGCACAAGGACGCUUUAAAGCGCACGAAUUAAAAGCACCUACACGCUGACAUUAAGUCACAAACGUAGUACCUAGUUUUCAUCGUGUCUUCAGUGUCUCUGAGAUGUUUCCGUUUAGGAGCCAUUCAAAGAUCUGAUACGGCUGUGCUGAGAAACGUUUGAAGUUUUAGAUGUUUAUCUGAUCCCUAAGGAAGGGACGGUUGCGCGCAUCUUUACUCAGCGGCUGAUAACGAAACACUCAAGUUGUUUCUUCUUCUUUUCGUGGGAUUAUAUUUCUGACUUUUUUGAACUUUUGCGUAGUUUUGUCGGAAGUGGAUUUCUGUCACUGAAGCGAGUGGACUCAGGUCUUUGGCACUGAAAUAUCCCAACAUGAGCGUCUUGGCGUCGCUGGUGCAGGUCGUAGCGGCUGCGCUCCUGACGCUGCCCCCUGCGCAGUGUUCACACUCAGGCACUACAAACAGUACCUCUAAAGUAAUCCUGUUUCAAGAGGUGUGGGGAAGGAGCUUCUGCCACACCAUUGAGACACUGGUGGAUGUAGUGCAGGAGUAUCCUGGGGAGGUGGAGCACAUAUACAGCCCUUCCUGUGUGCCAUUGGUCCGUUGUGCUGGUUGCUGCGGAGACGAAAACCUUGAGUGCCACCCCACGUUAACUUCUAACGUCACUAUACAAUUAUUAAAGCUGAAGCCAGCAGAGCAGGCACAGGAGUACGUGGAGAUGACUUUUGUGGAGCAUAAAAGCUGUGAAUGUAGACUAAGAAAGCGCACACCAAAACAUGACAGAGUUGAUCUUUUUUUCAUUGUAGGUGGAAGCCAAGAGGAAGGGGGAGAAAAAGAAAGGAGAAACAGCGAGUAAAAGACUGCGAUGGGUGCCAGCCUCCUCGAAGGUAAACACAGUGGCUUCCUGCUCUCUGCCCAUCCCGUACUGCCCCUUCAGUGUACUGCCAGCCUCUUAAAGCAUCCUGCGUCACCUCAACCAACAGAUCCAAGAUGCAUCAUAGUGAUGGGGAGAUCACCGGGGACAUUUUAUCUACAGGAAGUGCCUUUUGUGAGGUGAUACUCCAAGACAUGCGUCUCACACCUCUCAUAAGGACCAUAACAGUGGUGGGCCAAGACCUAGUGUCUGAGCUAGAACCUGAGCCCUCAGAACACUGGCUAUAUAACAUCAAAAAUGUAUUAUUAUUAUUAUUAUUAUUAUUAUUAUUAUUAUUAUUAUUAUUAUUAUGCACACUAUCUCUGACACAUCAAAUAUUUUAUUUAUUGCUUGCAAGCCAUAAGAGAGAUCAUGUUUGGCUGUUUUUGCCUAAAUAUUCUGCUGAAUUUUGGCAUGAGUACAAAUUGGGAUUUUUUUUAAAGAUCAAAAGAUGUAAUAACCAAAGACAGAUGGUUUUGCCAGAAAACAAACAAUCAUCCCUUCUGAUGUGUCCUUCAUCAACAUAAGCAUUAAGCUUCUUUCUUCUUGUAUUAAUGGAUUCUCAGAGUAAAUGUAAUUACAAAAGAAUAACUAAAAGCUAAUAAGUUAUACAAGAAUUGAAAGCUGGGACAAAGACUAAGAAUCUCCUCCCUACUUGCUAAUAUAAUUCCCUUUUCACAAAUAUCAGUCCCUGUAAAGAGUUUUCUCUCCCUGUCCCUCAGGACUCCUCUAUGUUUGUAUCAUUAGCAGACUGUCUGUUGGUUUGGCAUUCUAGCUGUCAGAGCUCCAGUCCUACAUCUCUGAGUUUUUCUUACAAACAUUCACUUCGCAGAAUGAAUUCUCGAGCAUGAAUAAGUCUACAUGAGGAUGGGUGCACGUGGACAGCUUUAGAGCUCGAAGUGACUUCUUACGUUAAAUAACAUUGAAGUAGUGACCUCUACUGGUGUCUCUACUGGUUAUUAUUUUCCAAACAAACAAACCUGCUGUAGCAUACAUAUGAUUUAAAUAAUGACAGUUCAUGGAUGAGUCAAUGAAUUUAAGAGUGUCUAUGAUUUUGCAAAACAAGCGACGAGUGUACAUCAACAUAAAUUAAAGUUGGAAAUAAAAAGUAGAUUAUUUUUGUCUAGUAAAAUGGUUCCAAAAAAGGAUGGGUUCAGGUCAGCAACAUGAUGAGACUCAAUCAAAAAAAAUAAAAAUAGUAAUAAUAAACAAAUUAAAAAAAAAUAACCACCUGCUGCUAAUACUACUUGGCCUUUUAAUGCAAAUGUGACUGACAAUAUCAGCUUAACAGUGACUAAGAGCCUUUUAUCAAAUUAGUAUUGUGUAAAUUCUUAAAUUUUUCAGAUUUUAUUAGCACAUCAAAAAAUAUAGGAGUGUAUUGCAAUAAAUCUGGCAGCAUUUCAUUGUGUUGCUGAGUAUGAACAUUAGAGCAAUUGUUUUCAUUUUUAUUACCAUCAUGGGUCAAGAGUUUUAAAGUUAUUUUCAGUUUCAUGUAUAUUGUACAUAUUUAUAUAUGAUAUUGAUAAUGUAUUACUACCAUG